UUUCUCUCCCAUGGCUAUUGAAGAAGGUUUCAUAGGUAUGGAGGAAGGAGACAUAAAAAAGUGGAAGGAGACAAUGAACAAAAGCCUCAAAGAGAGAAAGACAUCACUCUCUAUAGAAGCGGGAAGAGUCUCCACUGUAAUUGAUCAUUCAUCCAAGAUGGGUUGGAUAGCUACUCUUUCAUUGGCAUUUCAAAGCUUGGGAGUUGUAUAUGGUGAUAUUGGAACAUCUCCACUUUAUGUGCUUGCAAGUGCUUUCCCAAAUGGUAUUAAUCAUAAGGAUGACAUUCUUGGAUCCUUAUCUAUCAUUUAUUAUACUAUUUUGAUCUUCCCAUUGCUCAAAUAUGUUUUUAUUGUACUUCGAGCCAACGACAAUGGCAAUGGUGGGGCUUUUGCACUGUAUUCACUAUUAUGUAGACAUGCCAAAGUGAGUUUGAUUCCAAAUGAACAACCAGAAGACAUGGAGCUUUCUAAUUACAAAUUAGAAACACCAUCCAAUAAACAAAGGCUUGAGAAUAGUUAUUUUGCACGUGCUUUUCUUUUAUUUAUGACUAUAUUGGGAACUACCAUGGUUAUAGGUGAUGGAAUUUUCACUCCACCAAUGUCUGUUAUUUCUGCGGUAAACGGGAUCAGUGCUAAAUUGAGUCAAGAUUACGUGGUUGGUAUCACUAUAUUGAUACUGGUAUUCCUUUUUGGUGUGCAAAGGUUUGGUACUGACAAAGUAGGAUUUUCAUUUGCUCCGAUUUUAACCGUGUGGUUUAUAUUAAUCGGAGCAACGGGUAUUUAUAAUUUAUUCAAAUAUGAUGUUGGAGUAUUACGAGCUGUUAAUCCGAAAUAUAUUGUCGAGUUCUUUCAACGCGAUGGAAAAAAAGCUUGGAUGUCUUUAGGUGGAGUGUUUCUAUGUAUUUCAGGUUGUGAGGCUAUGUUUGCUGAUUUGGGUCACUUCAGUGUUCGAGCCAUUCAAAUUAGCUUCUCUUUUAUUACACUUCCAGCAAUAUUGGCAGCAUAUAGUGGACAAGCAGCUUAUCUUCGAAAGUUCCCUGACACAGUGUCAAAUAUUUUUUAUGAAUGCAUACCUGGUCCCUUGUAUUGGCCAACAUUUGUUGCUGCUGUGGUUGCUUCCAUUAUAGGCAGCCAAGCAAUAAUUUCAGCAGCAUUUUCAAUUGUAUCUCAAGCUAUGAGUAUGGGCUGUUUCCCAAGAGUAAAAGUUGCACACACAUCAACUUCACAUAAAGGCCAAGUUUAUAUUCCUGAAAUCAACUAUAUUCUCAUGGUUGCAUGUAUUGUAGUUACCGCUAUCUUUAGAAGCUCAGAAAAACUUAGUAAUGCUUAUGGGUUUGCAAUAAUUUGUGAUAUGACAAUCACAACAUUCUUGGUUUCGGUCGUAAUGUGGAUCGUAUGGAAUAAAAAAAUAUGGCAAAUAGCUCUCUUUGUCGUACCGUUUGGUAGCAUUGAACUUGUUUAUUUAUCAGCACAAUUGAUAAAGUUCAAAGACGGUGGAUUUCUUCCUCUAGUAUCCGCGAUCGUCUUCACCGUGAUUAUGGGAAUAUGGUUUUAUGCGCAAAAAGAAAGGUACAUGUUUGAACUCAAAAACAAAAUUUCCUCGGAGAAUUUAAUAAAACUAGUUGAUGACCUAAACACAAAUCGCAUGCCUGGAAUUGGAGUUUUGUAUUCCGAGCUUGUCCAAGGAAUUCCCCCAAUCUUUCCUCACUUCAUUGCCAACAUACCGUCCAUUCAUUCCGUUGUUAUAUUUGUUUCCAUUAAGACCAUUCCAAUUAGUAGAGUUGUGUUGAACGAGAGAUUUCUCUUUAGACACGUGGAGCCGAGAGAAUGCAAUAUCUUUCGUUGCAUUGUAAGGCAUGGUUACGACGAUUUAAUCGGAGAUUCCAUAGAGUUUGAGUCUCAAUUGGUGCAACAUCUAAAGGAAUUUAUUAUCGAAGAAGAAAGUAAUUAUAUGCUUGAGGUUAAAGAAACAACAAUAGAAGAAAAAGAUUCAAUUGAAGCAUUGAAUAUGGUAGAAGGAGUUGACAAUGAGAUACAAUUUAUAGAUAACGCUUUUGAGAAAGGUGUGGUGUAUAUGGUAGGGGAAACAGAGGUGCUGGCAGAUCCAAAUUCAUCAUUCUUCAAUAAAAUAAUAGUGAAUGCAUACAAUGUUUUGAGAAGAAACUUUCAACAAAGGCAUGAGUUGAUGGCUAUCCCUCAUAAGAGGCUUCUUAAGGUAGGAAUGACAUAUGAAAUUUGAUGACAAUAGUAAACUAGUAGUUAAUUGAAUAAUAAGUUAUGGACUUAUUGUUAUAUUUUGUUUGUCUUUGAGCUUAUUAUUGCAAUUGUGGAAACUUUGGUUUUUGUUUUUCAA